AUGAAGCUUCCCUCGCUCACCCUGGCCGCCACCCUGGCCGUGCUUGCCGCCGCCUCUCCCUUGACCACCUCCGCCCAUGGUGCCUGUGCCAAAGCCACCCCGUCCCCGAGCCCGUCCUAUCUGCCGAGUCUCCAUGCCCGCCAGAACACCACCGGAAGCCCGUGCUCGGUCCUCAGCUCCGUCGUCAACAAUGGCCAGGUUUCGGCCGCCACUCCCACCGUUCCGGCUGCUCUUGCCUACGACUGCCUCAUGAGCGCCCCGCUCAACAAACCCGCCGCCAUUGAGCUCCUCGACAGCAUGAAGCCCUACCUUGACUGGCAGAGCACCCAGGCCUAUCUCAAGAACCCGCCCGCCGAGUAUGCCGAGAAGGUGCAGCCUUCCGUCGACCUCAUGCAGGGUCUCGACGAUCUCGCUGCCGACGUCAAUGCCGACAAGUUCGUCGGCGAGUACGAGUUCGGUUGGGCCCUCUACAACCUCAUCCUGUCCGCUCACGACGGUCACCUGGUUUACGUCCCUGACUCGGUCGGCGCCAUCGUCACGUGGGGAAGGCCCAUCUCUCUCGUUUCCAUCUCCGAGGACGGCCAGAAGCUUCCUGUUCCCUUCGUUUACCAGGACAUCUUGGCCGCUUCGUUGCCCAACUCUACCUACACGCCCUCGGCUGUUUUGAAGAUCGACGACGAAGAUGCCGCCACUUAUCUCAAGAAGAUAGGCCAGUACGGAUCGCUCCAGGACCCCGAUGCUCUGUUCAACAACUUGAUGUACAGCUUGCCCCAGAUCCAGCUCGGCUCCACUGGCGCCAGCACCGGCAUGUUCUCUGGAGGUGGUCGUGGUCGCUGGGUCUACCCUGGUCCCACGACCAAGCUUGACUUCGCCAACGGUACCUCCCAAACUUUUGAGAACUUUGCUCGUGUCCUGGUCUCAUUCCGCAACGUCGAGAACGGCACCGCUCUGGGAGAGCGCUACUUCCUCUACGACUCUGGAGCUACUGCUCACGCCAUGGCCAUGGCCGCUGAUGCCAAGGACAAGUCCCGCAUCCAGGCUGCGAACAUGAACGUUGACGAGCCCCAGGACGACACCUCCGUCAACCAGAUGAAUGUGCAUGUUGCCGCAGCUGCCGAUGCAGCCGCCACGACCACUCGGGCGGUGACGCGCGCAACGCCUGCUCCUGGCUUCCCUACCCCGGUCAUCUUCCAGAAGAACAACCUCAUCGCCGGUUACUACCUCGAGGGUGAAGGUUACGAGGACAUUGCUGUUCUCUCCGUUCCUUCGUUCGUCAGUUCCAGCUACGCCGAACUCGACUUCCAGCGCAUCGGCACUGCGUUCAUCCUCGGCGCCAAGGCUGCUGGCAAGACAAAGCUCAUCAUUGACCUGAGUGCCAACGGAGGCGGAACCAUCCUGCAGGGCUACGACAUGUUCAAGCAACUGUUCCCGUCCAUUCUGCCGUACGGCGGCACCCGCUUCAGGGCUCACGAGACGCUCGACCUGCUUGGCCAGAAGUUCUCGUACCUCUCUGAAGGCUUCCCCCGUGAGCCUGAGAUCGUGCAGGAGAACUACACCAUGGCCGACAUUGUCUCCAGCGUUUUCAACUACCGCACCGACGCUGAUGUGGACUACAAGCCCUUCACCUCUUGGGCUGAGAAGUAUGGCCCACAUGCGAACGAAUACGACAACUUCACCUCCAUCAUCCGCUGGAACAUGUCGGACCCGCUCAACGUUCUGAACAGCGGAGGCAUUGAGGUCAGCGGCUACGGCAACCGCAGCAACUUCACCGAUCAGCCUUUUGAGUCGACCAACAUGGUCCUCCUCUACGACGGCUACUGUGCAUCAACCUGUGCCAUCUUCUCGGAGCUGAUGCGCCAGCAAGGCAACGUUUCUUCCAUCGUGGUUGGCGGUCGCCCGCAAUAUGCUGCUCAACAGGCUGUUGGUGGCGUCAAGGGCUUCAACAACUUCAACUGGGCCGCCAUCCAGCAGUGGGUCUAUGAGGCCUAUCAGUACGCCAGCCCCGAGGAGCAGACCAAGUACAACGCGACGUACCAGGCCAACUACACCAGCUAUGUUCCCUUCAACCGUGCGGCCACUGAUCCCAACGUCAACGUUCGCGACGGCCUCCGCCAAGGUGACGACACGGGUACUCCGCUUCAAUUCACCUAUGAGACGGCCGAUUGCCGCAUGUUCUACACUGCGGAGAUGACACUUGACAUCACGGCGGUUUGGAAGGCGGCUGCUGACAGCAAAUGGGGUGACGUCAGUCGCUGCGUGUCUGAUGCUCCGAGCUCCAAGAGGAGCGACCAGCUCACCAAGAGAGCCAUGGUGCCACGCAUGGCCAAGCGUGAUACCUCGUUGGAGGACAGCCUGAAGCUUUUCACUGACGUGACUGCUGUCCGUUUUGACGGCGAUGCUUUCAUGGCACCUUGA